AUGUUGAUUGCAAUUUAUGGUGUGAAUUAUUUUGGCGAAGGGACUCAUCUUAAUCUUUGUAGGACACGUUUCGUAGCGAACGCAGGUCUGGUGCAACUCGUCAUUGAGGGGGUUCUCACUGCAGAAGUUCAUUCAGUGGUUUUCUCCGGUAACGUGUGGAUUCAGGAUAACAACAUUGUAAUCAUCUACGGAAAGGGUAGUAGAUAUAUCGUAAGCAAAAGGGAGGAAUAUUCUUUGGUGUCUCUUGCUGUUCGUGAGAACGCCACUCUUGUGGCGUUAGAUGUUGUGUCGUCACAUGAUGUUCAUAUCAAAUGUGCCACGCUGCUGUCGUUUUUUGACUACUUUAAGAUUGAUGGUCGUUUCUUACUGCGAGGUUGCGUGACAGUUCCUCUUGGAGGUAUAAUUGGGGGAUCCGUGAGGCAUUUGAAACUCCCUGAGGACGCGGCAGUGCUCUUGCCGUGUCUUGCUGCCGCCAACAUACGCUUGCCAUUGGACGCAAUUCCACCGCAAGGAGCGAGUCUCAUUUUGGGUGGUGAAACGCUACUCCGCAAUGGGGCGGAACUUGCAUUAGAAGAAAUCAUCAUGAAGAAUGCGGUCCUUAAUGGAGAAGGUGCUGUUUAUGUGGGAGCGGCAUCUAUUCUUUCGAUUGACCGCGGCUCAAGAAUUUCCUUGCGACGUGAAUGGAUAAUUAACGCCUCAUUGACCUACGUGGAAGGGCUUUUGGAGGCGGACAUGUCACUCGGACCGAUGAUCAGUGGCUCUCUCGACGUUGCAGGCUAUGGCCAGGUGAAGUUGUACUCUGUUCAGACAUCACCGUGUUUCACUGCACCCUAUGCAAAUGGUGGUGUGCGAUGGGCAAGCAAUCCACGUGUCGAGUGUUAUCCCUUCCCGCUGCUGUCAUUGCCAGAUUCUUCCACUAAAGCAUUGGAACGUGAGGAAAUGGACAGGAAUCGACUAUUGUUUGCUCUUCCGCCAAAUAUUGAAUGUUCGGAAGAGUUUUUACGUGAGGAGGCUCAAGGACGGAUGAUGCUUCAGUAUUUUUUUGAUAUGGCACCCUUUGAUCCGCCACCGGGCGUACCAACGGUGCGCGAUAUGAUUGUUUCCUGGAUACUGUUUGUUUUAUUGGGUUUUACGAUGCUUUACGCGUUUAUGAAAUUCAAUGGACUCUCAUGGAAACAAUGGUCUGCAGAAAUUGAAAAGGAGCCUCCCCUGCGGCUUACGCUCUCACGGUCAGAGUUUUCAUUGCACACGAUGAACUACGUAGUCCUUUCUCUUCUGGUGUUCAAUACAUUACAGACAUCGAUGGCGUCGAUCCAUCCGGACUUGUUUGUACCAGUUGGUUUUAUGUCAUCAUUACGACUUCGCAGUAUGCAUCUGCUUAUGCCCCAUCAUCGGGCCAACUCUCAUGUUACGAUGCGGUUGGCGAUGAUGGUCAUUUUUUUGUGGGGGUUCAUUGAGAUUUUUUUGGCGGUCAUGAAUCGAAAAGAUCUUCGUCGAGCGCUUUGCGGAACGCGGACAAAAGCAAUUUUAAGACUCAUUUCGAGUUUGAACUACGCAUUGAAAUUCUUCUUUUUUGUAUUUUCUCUCCCCAUCCGGUCCCUCAUCAUUGACUCGCUCGCGUGCAAUACAUUUCUGAGUGAACUUCCUUCAUGCGCAGAGGCCCGUGGAAACUUGGUUAUGUCGCUCUUCUCUUUCUUGGUGCUUUGUUUCAUGGUACCACUGGGUGGCUUUUUGUUCAUGACGCCCCUAAAAUGUGAUAUACAUUGUAGGGGAUCGGUGUUGGUGGCUAUGAACGCAUUAUCACUGGCUAAGAUAGCCAUGUGGAAAGUAUUCUACCAGGAUCCCGUAUUGCUGAUUAUCAAUAACCUUCUAUUUCAAAGUGUUCGGGUGCUUUAUUUUCUCCACUCCACCCCUACAGCCUACGGGAAUAUCAACAGGCUUGUGUUUCAUUUAUCAAUUCUGCCGUUUUUUUCGCAUCUGUGCACUCUAUUGCACGUGAUUCGUGUGUAUUUGGGAUUUGUCAGGACAUGCCGUGACGGGGAAACAUAUUUCGCCGCUGUGGUGUUUCUUUGGAUAGCCAUGCUCGUUGGUAUGCUUUGGUAUGAUAUCAUUGGCGCAAAGGAUGAAUCCGUGACGACAAACAACGCAGCAAUUGACGCGAUACAACGCUCGAUUCAACAAAUUCAAAGCCGAAUACAGGAGUUACAAUAUGAGUUUUUGGCAUGUGCCUCCAUAGAGGAAAAAGAAAAUGUAUUGAAAGCCGUUGCCCGCCUUCGCAUUGAGUUGCUGGAGAACCAGAAACGAUAUCGCUACGAGAAGUAUUGUCAUCUUGCCGUUUUUUAUGUUACUGGGUCCAUUGAGGAAUCAAUUUCUCUGAAGUUGCCUCUUGCCGAAGCAUCAAAAAAUCAUUGUGAUGGUCUGAAUGUGGAGGCGAUUCUGGCGUCACGUCUAUCACCAUUAUCUCCAGUAACAAUUGGCGAUGCAAAUGACAGCGAAAAUGUUCUACUGACGCAAGAGGAGAUGGAGAAUUUUAGUUGUGGGCCUGCUCUCGGUUCCGGAAGCUAUGGCACCGUUCACUUGGGUAUUCUUAAAUCUGGGAGGCUUGUGGCGGUCAAGUAUCUCAGCAUUCAGAACUCCGUCAAGGAUGCCCUUUCCCAGGUGCAGAAGGAGGUGGGUGUGCUGAAGAAACUUUCUCAUCCCAAUAUUAUCCGUUAUUUUGGAUGCUGCACGGAUCAUGAUUAUAUUUUACUGUUCAUGGAGUUUGCUGUAGCGGGGAGCUUGACGUCCAUCGUGAGAAAUUUUACCGUGUUGAAUGAAUCUGUCAUUCAAUUCUACACUUAUCAGAUGCUGCUUGGGCUUCGCUACCUGCACCAGAAAGGGGUGGUGCACAGAGAUAUUAAGGGUGAAAAUAUUCUCGUGGACGGAUUUGGGGCUGUCAAAUUGGCAGAUUUUGGCUCCUCUAAAAUUCUGCCGGGUAUAAGUGAUCGCAGCCGGGCGGGGUGUGAGACGCUUAUUGGAUCUCCAUUUUGGAUGGCUCCGGAGGUCAUACGCAACGAGCCAUACGGUACGAAGGCUGACAUAUGGUCUGUUGGCUGCACGGUUGUAGAGAUGCUCAAUGGCGGAACACCGCCGUGGCGGGAGGAAUUUGAAAAUGUGUACUCGUUGAUGUAUUACGUGGGAACUACCGACAGCAUCCCGAAAAUACCGGAAGACACGUCGGAGUCUUGUCGCGACUUUCUGAGAAUGUGUUUUCAGCGGGACACAACGAAGCGGCCAUCGUCCGAUGAGCUUCUUCAGCAUCCCUGGCUGCGUGACGCGGGGAAUCAUUCAGGACUGCUACAGAAGAAACUUCCAAUACGUUAG